GGGUUAAGCCAUAUGUUUGCAAAGAGAAGGCAAGGUCGGAAAAAUCAGAGAAAGGGUCAGAAAAAGGUGUCCAAGAAGUAGGGGAAAGGAUGGAAAGCUGAAUGGGGGGACGGUGAACAAAACACCCCCAGAUAAGGUUAAAAAGAGAGUGAGGAAUAGAAGAAGAGGGGAAAUGGGAAACGUAAGAAAGCCGAAAGUUGAAAUUGAGGGAAAAAUAUGGAAGGUUUCAGGAGAAAAGGGGGAUAACAAAGUUAGGUGCGUUAGAAAGAAUCUAACUAGCUAUUUAGGACACCAAUUUUUUUCCUUGAGUUUCCUUUCCAAGACAUUUUUUUCUUUCCUCCUUUUUGCUCCUCCCUCUCUUCUGUGCCUCCUCCUCCUCCUCCACCUCCUCCUCCUCCUCGCGGGGGAAUGGGAGGCUCCAAUGCUGGAGUAGCGAAAGAAGGAAUUGUUUGAGAGUUCAGUCAUCCAAAAAACCUCCUUCCAUAUGGAGGGUCCGGGUCCCCUCAUCGCAAUGCCUCUUUCCUUCUCCUCCUCCUCCUCCUCCUCCUCCUCCACCUCCUCCUCCUUCUCCGUCUCCUCCGUCUCCUCCUCCUCCUCCUCCCGCCGACACUGCCACCGCUUCUUCCUCCUCCUCCUUUCCUGAUUACCAAACCCAUCACCCGACACACUUAUACAUCCACGCAAACCCUCCCUUGCUCACUUCCUACCAAACCAUCCGGCCUGGAAAUUCUCUACUUCUGAGUGCCUUUGUGGCUACUACGAUUUUCUCUCUUCUGGUGUAGCUCUGUGAGCGUGUGUGUGUGUGUGUGUGUGUGUGAGCGUGUGUGUGUGUGUGUGUGUGUGUGUGUGUGUGUGUGUACGUGUUGCUGUGUGUGUGUGUGUGUGUGUUUGUAUAUGUAUUGCCAUCCCAGAGCGCUGGCCCUGGGUUCCAAGUUUCCCCUUCAGGACACCGGCUGCAUUAGAGAACAAAUUUCCCAGAACUGUGACCUUGACACCUUGAUGUCAUUCACACUGACAAAGAAUAGAAGAUAGGAGAAUAAGAGACAACAGGUUGUCUAGCAAAGGCAAAGGCCUGGGAGCUAGCAGCUUCUCCUUAAGUGACCUAGGGCGGCUUAUGGGAACCUUGCCUCUGUCCCUCUGUGACAGACUGCGCUGCAUGGGAUGACAAUGAUGCCAAGAAGGAAGAGACCAACGGUCACCAUCACCUGUCUCAUCUUGGCUGCAGCCAGCUGCUUUGGUCAUUUGGGUGAAGUCCCUCAGGUUACCGUACAGCCCACUUCCACAGUUCAAAAGCAUGGGGGCCCUGUGAUCCUAGGCUGUGUUGUGGAACCACCAUGGGUGAAUAUCACUUGGAGGCUGAAUGGGAAGGAGCUGAACAGCUCAGAUGAUGAACUGGGGAUCCUCAUUACCCGCGGAACCCUCGUCAUUGCUGCUCUCAACAACCAUACUGUGGGUCGUUACCAGUGUGUGGCCCGAAUGCCUGCAGGAGCAGUAGCCAGCGUGCCUGCCACAGUGACACUAGCCAAUCUCCAGGACUUCAAGUUUGAGGGCCAGCAUAUUAUUGAGGUGGAUGAAGGGAAUACAGCGGUCAUUGCCUGUGACCUUCCGGAAAGUCAUCCAAAAGCCCAAGUUCGCUACAGUGUCAAACAAGAGUGGCUGGAAGCCUCUAGAGACAACUACCUGAUCAUGCCAUCAGGAAACCUCCAGAUUGUCAACGCCAGCCAGGAAGAUGAAGGAAUGUACAAGUGUGCUGCAUACAAUCCUGUGACUCAGGAAGUGAAAACUUCUGUCUCCAGUGAUCGGCUUCGUGUGCGGCGAUCUACUGCUGAAGCUGCUCGGAUAAUUUACCCCCCAGAAGCUCAGACCAUCAUUGUGACCAAAGGCCAGAGCCUUAUCCUUGAGUGUGUGGCUAGUGGAAUCCCACCUCCAAGGGUCACCUGGGCUAAGGAUGGCUCCAGUAUUGUGGGCUACAACAAAACCCGCUUCCUACUCAGCAACCUUCUAAUUGACACCACCAGUGAGGAGGAUUCUGGAAGCUACAGAUGCAUGGCAGACAAUGGGGUUGGGGAGCCGGGAGCAGCUGUCAUACUCUACAAUGUCCAAGUGUUUGAGCCCCCUGAGGUCACCAUGGAACUAUCUCAGCAGAUCAUCCCAUGGGGCCAGAGUGCCAAGUUUACCUGUGAAGUCCGGGGGAACCCUCAGCCUUCCGUGUAUUGGCUGCGGAAUGCGGUGCCCCUUGCCUCUAGCCAGCGUCUGCGGCUCUCCCGUAAGGCCCUACGGGUGGUGAGUGUGGGUCCUGAAGAUGAAGGGGUGUACCAGUGCAUGGCAGAGAACGAAGUUGGAAGCGCCCAGGCCAUGGCCCAGCUGAAGACAGCCCGGCCUGGAACAACCCUGAAACCAUGGCGAGAGGCCAAAUUGGGAUCAUCUCAGUCUCCCACACCUUCUUCCAGGCCUAGCAGCCCCGACAGGACUCUUCGGGAUCGAGCGAUGCUUCUGAGACCUAGGCCAACAGCCCUGCCUGCCUCCCUCCAAUGCACAACUGCAAAAGGGCAGGUCUCUCCGGCGGAGGCCCCCAUCAUCCUUAGCUCUCCCAGGACAUCCAAGACGGACUACUAUGAACUGGUGUGGAGGCCUCGGCAUGAUGGCGGCAGCAGAGCCCCGAUCCUCUACUACCUGGUGAAACAUCGCAAGCAGGUUACAAAUUCUUCUGACGAGUGGACCGUCUCAGGCAUUCCAGCUAACCAGCACCACCUGACACUGACCAGAUUGGAUCCUGGAAGCUUGUAUGAAGUUGAAAUGGCAGCUUACAACUGUGCUGGGGAGGGACAGACUGCCAUGGUCACGUUUCGAACUGGUCGGAGGCCCAAACCCGAGAUCGUUGCCAGCAAGGAGCAGCAGAUCCAGAGGGAUGAUCCAGGCGCCAGCACCCAGAGUAACAACCAGCUAGACAACAGCCGCCUCUCCCCCCCAGAAGCCCCCGACCGACCCACCAUUUCCAUGGCCUCUGAGACCUCUGUGUACGUGACCUGGAUUCCCCGUGGAAAUGGCGGCUUCCCGAUUCAGUCCUUCCGAGUGGAAUACAAGAAGCUGAAGAAAGUCGGAGACUGGAUUCUGGCCACCAGUGCCAUCCCUCCCUCUCGGCUGUCAGUGGAGAUCACAGGCCUGGAAAAAGGUACCUCCUACAAAUUUCGUGUCCGUGCACUGAACAUCUUGGGAGAAAGUGAGCCCAGCGCUGCUUCCCGACCUUACGUGGUAUCAGGAUACAGUAACCGUGUGUAUGAGAGGCCUGUUACGGGGCCUUAUAUCACCUUCACUGAUGCUGUCAAUGAGACCACCAUCAUGCUGAAGUGGGUGUACAAAUCGGCCAGUAACAACAACACCCCAAUCCAUGGCUUUUACAUCUACUAUCGUCCCACAGACAGUGACAAUGACAGUGACUACAAGAAGGAUGUAGUAGAAGGGGAUCGCUACUGGCACUCCAUCAGCCACCUGCAGCCAGAGACCUCCUAUGACAUUAAGAUGCAGUGCUUCAACGAGGGUGGUGAAAGCGAAUUCAGCAACGUGAUGAUCUGUGAAACCAAAGCACGUAAGCCUUCUGGUCAACCAGGCCGGCUCCUACCCCCUACUCUGGCCCCACCACCCAUCCUGCUGCCAGACCUGGGAGAUCGCCCUGGGGGUUCUGGGGGCCCUGGAGCUAUGGUGGCCCGCUCCAGUGACCUGCCCUACCUAAUCGUGGGUGUGGUCCUGGGCUCCAUCGUUCUCAUCAUUGUGGCCUUCAUACCCUUCUGCCUGUGGAGAGCCUGGUCCAAGCAAAAGCAAACUGCUGACCUGGGAUUCCCCAGCACAGCACUGCUGUCCUCGUCUUGCCAAUAUACCAUGGUGCCUCUGAGAGGGAUCUCUGCCCCACGAACCAAUGGACAGCCCUACAUCAAUGGACAGCCCUAUGGCAAUGGGUUACACAUGAAUGGGGCUUGCCCCUCAGCUGGCCUGGGCUUUCCAGGUGUGAAAACCCAAGAUUACAGCCCAGGCGAGCUUCAGCAGCAGGAUCAUACCAAUAGCUUGCUGCAAGGAAACACAGUUGGAAAUGGACACAGUCAGAAAAAUCACCAAGCAAUCAGGGAACCCGACUCCAGCCCUGAAGAGAACACCUUCCUGUAUGCACUCCCGGAUGACUCGACUCACCAGCUGCUUCAUGCCCACGAUGACUGCUGCCAUCUCCAGGAGCAGCCCGCCGCCCUCUGCCAGUCAGAGACAAGGAGCGCAUCUGAAAGCCCAAGGCGGGAAGGAUUGUGGGAUUCUCCAUUUCAGCCAGGUCCUUGGCAGGGGCCACCUUGCUGCCUGGGUCUUGUGCCAGUCGAAGAGGUAGAUAACCCUCACUCCUUACAAGUGAGGGGAGGAGAAUGGUGUCCUCACCACCCCCCAGGCACCUAUUUAGGACCAGACCCUGGAAGGAGACCCUCACCCAGCCCUCCAAUCCACGUGUCUUUUGAGACGCCACCUCCCACAAUUUAGGCUGAAGCCACUUCCCUAAAAAGACUAUAUUGUUUUUAAAAGAGACAGAGAAAAAUGGGUAUUUAUUUUUCUAUUACAGCCAUAUUUAUAUAUUUAUGCACUUGUAAAUAAAUGUAUAUGUUCCUUAACAUACCGGAGAGACAUAUGGAAUCCCAUCCAGGAAGGUGUACCGGGUUGAAAACAGAAAGCCGCAGUUUGAGAAAAAACAAGCAGGAGAGAUUGUCAUCAGACACAUGUGACUGGGAACAGAAGUAGCCUUUUAUUUCUGACUUCUGCAACUCCCUGGGAUGGUGCCGAGUGCCCAUUAGGAGAGAAGGAAAACACAUCUUAGGCCCAUCCUCCGUGAGAGCUGAACACGGAUGAACAACGCAGACUGGGGGGAGAAACCUGACUUAACGGACCGGCUGAACUUGGUACCACAGGAAGUGAUCUUCUUCAUGGUAUGGCCAGGAGAACAGACUAAAAUGUGUACAGUCCUCUAUAAGCAUUAACAACCCUUCCAGAUUCAAUAAUCUGUGGCAACAUAACUGUAAAAACAAACGCUGUAACUUCUAAAUAAAUGUUUAGUCUCCUCUCUA